GGACAUCACUUGUCUCCCAUGAAAUGACAUAUUAUGGCAAUUGACAUUGACAUUCAGAUCGCGAAUUAUAAAUAUUGUAGCAAAACAAUUCAUAUUAUUUUAACCUAAGUAUAAACUGAACAAAGAUGAAACCAACUGUAGCAGCUGAUGAAAUGUUUCCUGAAGGUGUUGGACCCUACAUGGAUCUAGAAGAAGCUGGUGGUCCAUCUAAUUUAUUAAUGGAUUUGGCUGCUAAUGAGAAAGCUGUGCAUUCUGAUUUUUAUAAUGAUUUCGAAGAUCUGUUUGAUGAUGAUGACUUGAAAUAA